UAUCGAGGAACGAAAAUGCCUGAACCCGCCAAGUCAGCGCCCAAGAAGGGCUCCAAGAAAGCCGUGACCAAGACUGCCGGCAAGGGCGGCAAGAAGAAGAGAAAGACCAGGAAGGAGAGCUACGCCAUCUACGUGUACAAGGUGCUGAAGCAGGUCCACCCCGACACCGGGAUCUCCUCCAAAGCCAUGAGCAUCAUGAACUCGUUUGUCAACGACAUCUUCGAGCGCAUCGCAGCCGAGGCAUCUCGCCUGGCCCACUACAACAAACGCUCCACUAUCACUUCCAGGGAGAUCCAGACCGCAGUGCGCCUCCUUCUCCCCGGUGAGCUGGCCAAGCACGCCGUGUCUGAGGGCACAAAGGCCGUCACCAAGUACACGAGCUCUAAGUAAGCUGACUGCAACUCAGACGUCAACACAACGGCUCUUUUCAGAGCCACACACGUCAUACUGACGAGCAGAAUUCCUGCCGUUAAACAUGCAGCUCACUAUGUUACAACUACUAUAAUCGCGGAUGUGCACCUUUGUGUCACUGGGUGCUAUCAAUCUGCUUUACUGACCCUAGUCUACAGAAAUGUGUUCCGGUUUUUACUUGGUAGUGACUUUGUCUUUCUACAGACACAGCUAAUGAGAUUUUUUUUUUUUUAAAUUAAACACUUGGUAUUAGUUCAAAGAAUACUUUUUUUUCUUCUGCAGUGUGUACAGAAUGCAGCGGCAAGACUUUUAACUGGUACAAACAAGAGGUCACACAUUACUCCAGUUUUGGCUUCUCUUCAUUGGUUGCCUGUAAAUUUUAGGGUUCAUUUUAAAUUUUUAGUUUUA